AUGCCGAAUUCUGGCGGAACACCUCGAAUCACCCUCCCCGACGAGCUCUGGCAACUCGUCCUCCAAUGCCCUGUUACAUUCCCAUCCGAAGUCUUCCACGGCGUGAUGCUCAACCUGGUCAAGAACCCCAACAUCACAUCAAGCCACCUUUUUCGCGCGGACAUUUUCUACGACAGCGAGCCGGAUCACCUUUUCCAACCCGACGACCCAGAUCCGCAUCACGGCCUGGCGAAGCAUCUGAAAGAGGAAUUACGGCCACUACCCGCUCGGUGGCCUGGCUUCCAACUCGAGAGGACCAUCGUGCGGCAGCUCGUCCCGCGGAAUCCUCAACUCGACAAACCUCUGGUGCAGACGUGCCAUUUCUUCAAAGGACAGGACGAUCAAGGCGAAGAACACAGCCUCGUGCUGUACAUCCCUCACGUCGCCCAACCAGAAGACAUCCCCUUCUACCACCCCGCCGUCUCCCAACUCGCCUUCCUCCACUCCUGGCAUCCCACCCCCACCCCGACAGGCACCCUAACCCUCCUCUACCACCCCUUCCCCACCCACCCCACUCUCACCCCGAAACUCCACCGCACCGCCCUCAAACUCCUCCAAACCCUCCACAAACACGGCCAAGGCCAACUCCUCGGCUACGAGAAACGCGUGCACCACGACGUCCUCAUCCCCCAAAAAUCCUACCAGGACACGUACAGCCGCCUGAAGUCCAAAUACGGCAAACGCCUCUCGGAACAAUGGGUCGAAGUCACGGAUCCGGGGAAACAUGUCUUUGAGGAUAUCGCCAUUGCGGCGUUUUUGAUCGAGUUGUGGAGGGGGAUGUACCGGAUACCUAAUACCACCUCCUCUAACAUCGAUGACGACGGUGAGGAUCAAGAAGGAGGGGGGAAACCUCCCUUCCCAGGCUUCAUCGACAUAGGCUGCGGCAACGGGCUCCUCGUCUCCAUCCUCCUGGGUGAAGACUACCCCGGCAGCGGCUUCGACGCCCGCCACCGCAAGACCUGGUCCAUCCUCCCGCCAGACGUGCAAGCCAAACUAGAGCAGAAAAUCCUCGUGCCCAAGAUCUUACAGGACACCGUCGUCACCACCAGCACCAUCGAAGAAGAAAAACAAAAAGAGGACUGGCACGACGGGAUUUUUGGUGAAAAAGGCCCCUUCAUAAUCUCCAACCACGCCGACGAAUUAACCCCCUGGACCCCCCUCCUCGCCUACCUGAACCAUUCCUCCUUCAUCGCCAUCCCCUGCUGCAGUCACGAUCUUAGCGGCGCGAGGUUCCGCGCGCCGGGGGUGAGUAAAGGGGUGAAGCAGCUGGAAGGAAGGGGGAGAUUACCCCAACAGCAACAACAACAUCACCAGCAGGAGAAUGAGAAGAAUGGCCACCACCCCCAAGCCGCUGAAACAGGCUCCCUAGCACGAACCCCCGCGCAAAAGAAAAUGCCCUCAGCCUACUCGACGCUGUGCUCCUACGUCGCGAGUCUCGCGAGCGAAGUGGGCUUUGAUCCGGAACAGGAGAUUCUGCGGAUCCCCAGCACGAGGAACACGUGUAUCGUCGGACGACGGCAAAACUGGGAGGGAAAUCUGACGAGGGAGGAAAGGGAGGCACAGGUCAUCGACGUGGUGGAGCGGGAGUUGAAGAGGUGUAUAGGAAACGUGGCGAGCGAUUGGAUCGCGCAGGCGCAGAGGUUGAUGAAGAAGCCCGGUAGUGGGCAUUGA